UGAUUCCUGCUUUGUAGCAUUUUGAAGGAUUGACCUUCUUGGAAUGUAAUCCCAGUGGCGUCUCUUUUCUGUGUAGCCCACUCUGCCAUCAAACAGCCGAGUGACUCCGGGUUGAUCAGGGGCGCCUCAAGAAUUGCGGAUAUCACUUCACCUGGAAGAUUCACCCACUGCUACUCAGAGCGGUUUCUGAAAUACCAUGUCUAAGAACUCGGAGUUUAUCAAUCUGUCAUUUUUGUUAGAUCAUGAGAAGGAAAUGAUCCUGGGAGUCCUAAAGAGAGAUGAAUAUUUGAAAAAAGUGGAGGACAAGAGAAUAAGGAAGCUGAAAAAUGAACUCUUAGAAGCAAAACGUAGAAGUGGGAAGACUCAACAAGAAACCAGCAGAGUCUGUGUCUACUGUCAGAGAAACCUGGGCUUAAUAUUCGACCGAGGAGACCCGUGCCGGGCCUGCUCACUGAGAGUGUGCAGCGAAUGUCGGGUCUCGGGCCUUGAUGGCAGCUGGCAAUGCACCAUCUGUGCCAAAGUCGCGCAGCUAAGGAUUGUAACCGGUGAAUGGUUUUUUGAAGAAAAGGCAAAGCGUUUCAAGCAAGUCAAUCUUCUGGGCACUGAUAUAGUCCGACAGUCCAUCUUAAGAAGAAGCCCAGGAACUGAAGAAAUACAAAGUCAAGAGCAACUCCACCAGGAUGCAGAAAAGGCAGACACUUCACCUUCUGCCAGGCAAAAGGCCAGUCAUGAUGGACCCAGGAAAAAGGGAUUUCUUCUUAGCAAGUUCAGAUCAGCAACCAGGGGAGAAAUCAUAACUCCAAAAACUGAAAGUGGGCGGAGCUACAGCUUGGACUUAGACGGCCAAAACUUUCGGAGUUUAAAGUCCAUCCCUGGUUCAGACAGGGGAAGCACUGGUUCAUCAGACCUUUAUGACCAGGAAGCUGGCCCGGCAACUCGGAAGAGCAGCCGGAGCAGUGGAGUGACCCCCGUCAUGCAGAGGUCACCGGCUCCAAGCACACGCAGCGUGACCUCAGCCAGCAGUAGAGAACACGGUUUCGAAAAUUCCAUGGAUUUGGCUGCCCUUGAAAGCACAUCUGACGACCUCACAAAGAGUCGUCGCAGAAACACUUCUGGCACACCGUCCAUAGCAGUGUCUGAGGUCUCCCUCUCCUCAGACCGGAGUCGAUCUGAAUUAGAUUUGAGUGGGUCAUUUCCAGAAGAUUUAGAGAAUACUGUAAACAUAAGAAGCAAGUCUGUCCCUGGGGCUUUAGACAAAGACUUGGACUCCUUGGAAGACACUGGGGAAGGCAUUAAUGACUUAGUGUCCUCACGGUUUUCGGCAAACACCCACAGUCUAGCAAGUGGCUUGUCAACCACCAGCCUUAACAGCAUGAUGAGUGUUUACAGUGAAACAGGAGACUAUGGCAACGUGAAGGUCAGUGGUGAAAUCCUUCUUCACAUCAGCUACUGCUACAAAACUGGCGGGCUCUACAUUUUUGUCAAGAAUUGCAGAAAUCUGGCCAUAGGAGAUGAAAAGAAACAGAGGACGGAUGCUUAUGUGAAGUCGUACCUUCUUCCUGACAAGUCCAGAAACAAUAAACGCAAGACCAAGAUCAGAACAGGCACCAAUCCAGAAUUCAACGAGACAUUAAAGUACACCAUCAGCCAUACCCAGCUGGAAACAAGAACUCUGCAGCUCUCAGUCUGGCAUUAUGAUCGAUUUGGACGUAACAGCUUCCUUGGGGAGGUGGAGAUUCCUUUUGACUCAUGGAAUUUUGAAAAUCCAAGUGAUGAGUGGUUUGUGCUUCAGCCCAAGGUGGAAUUUGCUGCUGACAUAGGCCUUCACUAUAAAGGAGAGCUGACAGUUGUCUUACGUUACAUUCCCCCAGAGGAGAACCUGGUGCUUCCUCUAGAACAAGUUCAAGGAAAGAAGAGCUUCAAAAGGGGAAAGAAGAAGGAGUCACCUGUAAUAUUUGGAGGAAUACUGGAAGUGUUCAUCAAAGAGGCAAAGAAUUUGACCGCAGUGAAGUCGGGAGGCACUUGCGAUAGCUUUGUGAAGGGCUACCUGCUCCCUGAUGAUAGCAAAGCCACCAAGCACAAAACUCUGGUAAUAAAAAAGAGUGUUAACCCUCAGUGGAACCAUACUUUCAUGUUCAGUGGCCUGCAUCCCCAGGACAUAAGGAAUGUUUGCCUAGAACUUACUGUCUGGGACAAGGAGGCCUUUUCCAGCAACAUCUUUCUGGGAGGAGUUCGUUUGAAUUCUGGAACUGGUAUGAGCCAUGGGAAGAACGUGGAUUGGAUGGACUCUCAGGGGGAAGAGCAACGCCUUUGGCAGAAGAUGGCCGACAAUCCCGGGACUCCCGUAGAGGGUGUACUCAUGCUCCGUUCCAGCAUGGGGAAGUGUAGACUCUGAAGGUACCAGUCUCCAAAAUGGGGCCUCCAGGCACUGUCUGGCUGCCAUUUCCUAUUAUUAUCAGGCUUGGUACCUGGGAUUCUCUUUCCCUGCCAUUUCUCACCUGAGGGAACUGGGACAUGCGGGGAGAGAUGUCAGUGUUAUGAACAUUUAGGGACUUGCUGAGUGUCUAUAAGAGCAUGUACCUCCAUAUGUCCAUGGACCAAGGCCUUUUUGAUUGGAUGAUGGAAAGUGUGUCACAUUGUCCUGUCAGCAAGCAAAUUGUACAGUGAUUCAUAGGCUCUAUACCAUAAGGGAAAUGGUGCAAGGUUCUUUGAAACUACAGUAGAGAUUUGGAGUCCCUAAACUUCUAUUAAUGAGUUAUUUUAGGUUUCUUAGAAGGGUUUGAGGGAUAAAAGGGCCACUCAUAAUAUAGAUCACUUGAAGAGUAAGAAGGAAUACUGGCUACCCUUUUCUCACCCUGGGAAUCCCCACAGUCCAAAGAAGGCAUGGUGGGGAUGGUUGCUUGGACAAGGAGGUGGCCCUGUUAUUGUAGCAAACUUGUGGAUUAACCAGGUAAGUUUUCAAGAUGAACUGAAAGGUUUUUUUGGUGACUAUAUAAUUUAUAAUCUAAAUCAGCCCACUUUUGAGAAUGAGAAGAACGAAAUUAUUAUACUGGAACAACAGAUGUAAACCAGGAUUGAACUGGGAAAAUUAGGAUGUAGGGUCACCCUACUUAUGACCUAACAAUUAGUUCUAUUAUAAACAGUUAGUUUAUAAAAUAUUCUAAGCCACUAACUACAAGGAAGUAAGAACUAAUGCACAUUUUGAGCUCCUGCUUGUAUCAUAUUUACUGAUAUCUCUUUGGUCAAAGGAAGUCAUAUGGCCAAGCCUAAAAUCAAGAGGCAGGAAAAUCCAUCUGUGCACGAUGAAGCCAUGGCAAGGUUGAUAUGCAGAAAGGGAAGAAGAAUUGUUACCAGUAGUUCAGUCUACCAUACUUUCUGUUACCUGGAAUUCUAGAUGCUUUAGCCACCAAACUUAAAUGCGAAGGUAGUUGAAGCAGAAAGGUACCUCAGACCUGUUCCUCAUUUUGCAUAUUCCAAAUCUGAAGCCCAGGGAGCUGACAUGACUUGGCCAAGGUCAUAUAGAAGCUAUGACUAUAUUCAGACUUAAAUCCAGGCUGUGAUUUAUAGGCCAGUAUUCUUUCUCCUGUAGCCCCUGGCAUAAUCUUGUGCUUAUCCAGGUGGAGAGGAGGGCAUAGAUGAAAGAAGGUGGAGCAGAGUCGGAUUACUUCAGUAUGAAGUACC